AUGUCAAAAGCAUUGCGUAUCUUGGUGCCCGUUAAAAGGGUCAUUGACUAUGCCAUCAAGCCUAGAAUUAAUAAAGCCGGCACAGGUGUCGAAAAAACGGGCGUCAAGUUCAGUAUGAAUCCAUUUGAUGACAUAGCCGUAGAGGAGGCAGUGCGUAUCCGGGAAUCGCACAAAAAAUUGGUGGAAAAUAUUCAUGCGGUGUCGAUCGGGCCUGCCAAAGCCCAAGAUAUCCUAAGAACUGCCUUGGCAAAGGGCGCAGACACUUGCACGUUGAUCGACGCCAAGGAAGCAGAACUCGAGCCUCUGGCCGUGGCAAAACUCCUCAAACAGGUGGUGACCAAACAAAACGCAAAUCUGGUCAUUUUGGGCAAACAGAGCAUUGACGAUGACUGUAAUAACACGGGUCAGAUGCUGGCUGGGAUGCUGAACUGGCCGCAGGCGACCAAUGCGGCCAAAGUCGAGGUCGACGAAUCGUCAAUGACCGCGAAAGUCACACGAGAAAUCGACGGCGGUGAGGAAACCGUGAGCGCGCCGCUCCCGCUCGUGAUCACCACCGAUCUGCGUCUCAACCAACCUCGCUACGCCACGCUACCCAACCUGAUGAAGGCCAAGAAAAAGCCGAUGGAGAAACUGACGCUGGCAGACUUCGCAGACGUGUCCACUGAGCCCAGACUUGAAGUCCUCAAGCUCGAAGAACCCCCCACCAGAUCUGCGGGCGAAAAAGUGGCUACUGUUGACGAACUCAUUGAAAAGCUCAAGGCCGUGAAGGCCAUCUAG